CUCGCCCGAGGGUCAGGUGCAGCAGGUGCCCGGCGGUAUGCACGCCGCUCCCAGGCGUCGGCGCGAGGGGAGGGGUUUCCAUGUCCGUGGCGGCGUCGGCGACGAGCACGCGCGGCUGGCUCCGGUGCUCUUGCACUGCAUCGGCGCCAUUGCCCUUCUUGCGGGCGCUGGCCGCACCCUGUUUCCAAAGGAAAGGUUAUGCCUGGGCUCCUCGUGGUACUUUUCAUUGGCAUCUGUUGCUCAAACUUUCGUGCCCAAAUCUCAAGGCGUGAAGUAUGAGCUGCACACGCUCCCUGUGGAUGUUAGGGCUGUAACCGAUGGCGACACGAUUACCGUUUAUGUUGACAUAGCUGAUCAUCUAGAGUCUGGCAAUGUGCCCCGGGAUGUGCUUGAAGCGGCUGCUGAGCGGGCCAAGGCACGGGCGGCCAAGAACUUCCAGGGAGCUGAUGCUAUGCAGAAGAUCAUACUGGAUGCAGGAUAUAGGCAGGUUCCUAACAUGAGAGGCGAACAAGUUCUUGCGAAGAAGUACCGGAUCAGGUUAAGAGGGAUUGAUGCACCAGAGAGCUUUAUGCCUUAUGGCAAAGAGGCAAAAGAGGAGCUGGUGAAGCUGGUGCAGGGAAAGAGCUUAAAGAUUUCCAUAUAUGACAGUGACCGGUAUGGUCGAUUAGUUGGUGAUGUUGAGUGUGAUGGGGUCUUCGUGCAGGAACACAUGCUGAAGAAAGGGUUUGCGUGGCACUAUACUGCUUAUGAUCAUCGGGUGGAGCUGAACAAGUGGGAGAAUCAGGCAAAGGCGAGCCGAACAGGUUUGUGGGCAUCGCCGAACCCUGAGAAGCCGUGGGAAUGGAGGAAGCAGAAGCGCAUCGGGACAGUGUGAAGCAGUAGUGGAUUUCAGUUGCCAGUUGGGAUCAGGAGGUGCUGAUUGAUUUACAGUUCAGAAUUGUAGCCCAGAACAUUAGUUCCAUUGCUGUAGAAUGUGUGGUUUGUACACUUGCAUGUUGCACCAUGUUGUAAAGUAGAGCAUGAUGAAUUGGUUGUAAACUACAAUUGGGGAUGGUGACCAUUGUAACUGCAACUGCUGUAAUUUGAAGCAGGACCUGAUUGAUUACUGUGAAGUAGACUGGAAGCCUGUAUUGAAGUCGUAAA